AUGGAAAGGUAUGAUCCUAGCUCUUCCAUUGAUGAACUUACACUGGACAAGACUACUUUUUGGGCGCAAGUUCAUGGUCUUCCUAUUAAGUUCAUGAAUGUGAAGGCAUCAGAUAAGAUUUGUGAGGUUCUUCGGAAGAUUAUACUUACUGUCAAUCCGAAUGAAGCAGAAGGAGGGAAUUUUAUCCGGGUUCGUAUUUCAAUGGAUGUCAAUGGCCCUCUAUGCCAUGGGCGAUUGGUGUCAUUAGGGCGAGAGAAACAAGUUUGGAUUAGUUUCAAAUAUGAAAGAUUACCGAAUAUUUGCUAUUGGUGUGGUUGGUUUGACCAUGAUGACAAGGAUUGCGAGAUUUGGCUAAAUAGUGAAGGUUCACUCUCUCAAGAGCAGAGGCAAUUCGGUCCAAGUCUCAGGGCAGCCCCCUUCUCAUAUUCACGUAAAUAG